UAAUAAUAUAAAUCUGUUCAAAUAAAGAUAUAUGAAAAACAUACUGUAAUCCACAUUAAUAAUUUGUCAUCAAAAGAUAUUUAAAGUUUAAACAUUUUUUAUAAUGCCUAUUUUUGAAAUAUAUACAAAUUUAUCUAAUUCAAAAAUACCUAUUAACUUUUUAAGUAAUUGUGUAAAUUUCCUUGCAAUAAUACUCAAGAAAGAUACUAAAUGGUGUAUAGCAACUGUGAAUUCGGGACUAAACAUUUAUCAAGGUGGAUCAAAUGAACCAUGCUGUAUCAUUCAAAUUGCAAGUAUGAUUGGUAGUGUGGGACCAAAGCAAAACAAGAGUUAUAUUGAGGAUUUAACAAAUUUUAUUCAUAAUACAAUAGGAAUACCCAAAAAUCGAUUAUACAUUUUUUUUCAAUCUAAUCCAUUAGAGAGUACUGGUUAUCUUGGUUCAACAAUUCAUCAUCUAGCAAUAACUGAAAAAGGAACCCGAUUAACUUAAAACAGCAUUUAUUUCUUACUAUGAAAAAUUAAUUUGUUUCACGUUCAAAAUAAAUAUAAACUAUACAAAACAUAA